CUCUUUUGAUCGAUCUGUGGCCACCACACGUCCUGACAAAGCUACCUGCUCUUUGGAUUUUCCGGCAAAACGGGCGAGGAAAUUCUCAGGUGCACUUUCUCGCCUGCCAAACGGGCCCUCUCCCUUCUCGAUUUGCGUCUGCUUGUAUUCUGGGCUGUUAGUUUUUUUCUGAGGUGAAAGACAAGAGUUGUACUCCUUCCUCAAAGGAAUGGAUCAAGAAGCAUCUGAAUGCCCCUUUUAUGAGAAGGAGAUCCAGAGAUGUCCUUUCUUGAGGAACAUAGACAAGCCUACCAACUUUUCAUUCUCUCCCAUGAGUCUUCCCAUUCCGGUGCCAGGAGCUAGAGGUCCAAUUUUUGAGGAUGGUCCUAGUUUCGAUAUGGUGUUUAAAGUCUUCCACGGGAAGGAUGGGAUUGUGCCCUUGUCUGGAAGGUCAAGUUUUGAUGAUGAUGAUGAUCAGGAUCGAGAGAUUGUUCCUGUUCUUGCCCCACAAUUCAAUCCUUUAGCCGGAAAUGUCGCCACGAUAAGCCUCUCAGCAUUUGGUCCAGGAGGGCCUUUCAGCUUUGGUCCCUUCUCGGAUAAAUGGAAGAAGCAACAGAAGAAAUCUAAACCUUCCAACACACAAGAACCUUCUUCUCAGGCAGGAGAUUCAUCAGAACACGAGGCUCUCGGAAAUGAAUGGUUGAAAACCGGGAACUGUCCAAUCGCCAAGUCUUUCAGAGCCGUCAGUGGUGUCCUCCCACUUGUGGCAACAGCUCUGCGGCCACCGCCUGGAAUGAAGCUGAGAUGCCCGGCUCCUAUAGUUGCCGCAAGGGCCGCCCUGUCAAAGACGGCCUUGGUGAAGAACUUACGCCCUCAGCCUUUACCUGCGAAAAUGCUAGCCAUUGCUCUCAUGGGCAUGGCUGCAAACGUGCCUCUGGGUGCAUGGAAAGAACACACAGAGAAGUUCUCAGUGUCAUGGUUCGUGGCCAUCCAUGCAGCCGUGCCGUUCAUCGCAAUGCUUAGGAAGUCCGUAUUGAUGCCCAAGACUGCCAUGGCUCUGACCAUCGGAGCUUCCAUCCUGGGACAGGUCAUCGGGUCAAGAGCAGAACGUUACCGCCUCAAAGCAGUGGCCGAGAGAGAGAAAGCAGCCGCCGUCCAAGUUCCGGAGAGACAAUGUGGUGCCGGGGAGGGAAUGAAGGAUGUUUACGAUGUCAGUGUGAGGGAAUCUACUAAAUCAGCCGGUCUUUGUUACUGAAGAUCUGGCAGAAGUGAAGAAAUGUCGCAACGGAAACUAGGGUUAAUAAGAAAAUUCUUGUAACCAGAUUGUACGAACUGACAUGAGGAUUGGAUUCUUAAUGCCGAAAACGUUGUCAUACAGUGAAUUGUACGAUUAUAUAUUGCCUGUGUAAAAAAAAUGCAAACUUUUACACGGA